AUGAUGACCCCCAAGUUCUACAACUUCAUCGCCGUCGCGCUCAUGCUCCUCGGCCUCGCAUCCGCCAACACCACCGUGACCCCGCCCAAGACCACCACGACGGCCGUCCACAAGACCACCACCACGACGGCCACCCACCACGCGACCACCACCAAGGCCGCGGCGACGGGACACCACAAGAAGAAGGAGGCGACCGCCACGACUGCCAAGAGUGCCGGCAACAAGGUCGCCGACGCGACCCUCGUCACCGUCUCCCUCGCGGCCAGCCUCGUCACCUUUGGCCUGGUCAUGUCUUGA